GCUGCGGGCGCUGGUUGAAGCGCCACUUGGGGCCGAAGCACGGGCGGCGGGGCGGCGGCUUGGCGUCGACGAGGCUGAAGGAGUUCAGCCUCGUCCUCGGCGGCGGCGGUGAGGGAGUCGUUGGUGGAGGAGAAGUCGAAGAUGGAGUCGCGCGAGGCAACAAGACGCUCUCCAUCGUCCACAGCGGCGUCGGAAUGACUAAGGCUGGUACGUUGCUGUGCUUCACUCCCUUCUCCUUGCUCACUGAAUUUUGGAUGAUGUUGAGCUCUGCGUGCCAUAAAAAUGCUGAAUUGCCAUUGGGGAAGUUCCUUGUCGCACAGAGUCAUUUUGGGAUGGUUGCAGCAGCUAGAUGGAUUGCAAAUCUUGCAGCUCCUUGUAAAGUUCCUUGUAAAAUCUUGCAGCUGUAAGUCUAUAACUGAACUUACAGAAUUCUCUCAAUUUUGGGAACAAGACACUGGGAGGUUUGUAAAAUAAAUAACAUGACUUCAGCUUAGAUUAUUUAGCAAUUAUCACAAGAAUAGAUUGCUCCAUAGUCCAUACUGAUCUUCUACUCAAGUUGUUAGGGCGCUGACAUUCUUGACAGGAGCUGAUUGGAGUAUACGUAAUAAGCUCCCAGUAAUCACUAAGAUUGCUGCAUGCUGAACUUGUACUCUGAAGAUACUGAUUCACUUAUUUUCCAGAUUAAUGUAUACACUGAUUAAAGUACGCACGGUACUGAUUCAAAUUCUUGUUUGUAUAUUUGUAGACAGUGGGGUAUUUGAGAGCGCAAUAAGACAGUGGGGUAUUUUCAAAUUCAAAAGGCUAAUGCAACGAGAUGCCUCUGCCGCACCAGGAAAUGCAACGAGACUCCACCAGCUGUCGGGAACCAGAUCAGAUCGCGGAUCAUGACCUCCGGCAUGAGACUCGAGAGGCGCCCAUUGGCAAACAGGCGCCACAGCAGCACUGUUAUUGCUGUUCCAUCAGCUCUUGCCAGGGUCAUGCGCCAGCAUGAUCAUCUCAGCGAGUUCGCUCGAAGAUUCAUCGAAGAAACCUGUCCUGGAAGAUUCAGAGUUUGUUCCGAGGAGAUCGGUGUCAACCAGAUAACCUUGGGUGCUGUCAGCUGGUAUCCCACUCUUGCUUCCGUAACCUUCGGCGCAGACCGCAAGCGGAUCCGUGGAGAACUAGCAGCGAGGAGCAGCACAAGCUCCACCUACGGCAAGGGAGAAUCUGCACCCUUCUUCAGAGAGGAACUAGCAGCGGGGGUCAGCAACUACAUCUACACCUACGGCAAGGGAGAGGCAGCAUGAGCAAACCUUCCAAGAAGCUCGGUGCAAGUCCGGCUCUCCACCGUCCACCCUUUCCUGCGGCCGCAGCGGCAGGGCGAACGGCUCUACUCCCUGGCGCCUCAGGUGGGGCGACCCCCGCGGCUAGCGGAGCAGCGGCAUGGCGGGUGGGAUCUGAGGACAACGGCGGAGCGGCGAGGGAGCUGCUGGAUGUGGGAACGGCCGGCAGGAGAGGUCGCCUCUGCUCUUUGAGGCCCCGCCUCCUCUGCUCCUAGAGGCCCCGCCUCCUCUACUCCUGAGAGGCCGCGACGGCCGGCGGGGGUGCGGGCUCACCGUCGACGUCGAGCGCGCGAGCCCAGCUCCGGCACGGGACGGGGAUGGAGCUCCGGCGUGGGACGGGACGGGACGGGAUGUCUGAUCAGGAAUUUUGAAAUAAGGACCACGUUUGAGAAGAACGAAAUUCGUGAGGGGGUUUUCACAAAAUGACAAUUGUACAGGGCCGCAUCAAGUAAAUCGGGCCGGAGGGAGGUUUGUCUUCAUAUUUAUUGAACCAACUACGACUAAUAAUUUUAUAUGAAUAAAUAUUUGUCUUCAUAUUACCUAUAUAUCUGCACUGGAGUAUGUGCCAUUACCAAUUUU